AUGGCCUCGGUCACGUCCCUGGACAAGGACCUGCGCAAGAUGCGCCUGGACAAAUACACGCCUGCCGCUGCCAACGAGGCACGCUCGUGGAUUGAGGAGGCUCUUGGAGAGAGGCUACCAUCUUCAGAUCUGCUGGAGGGCUUGAAAGAUGGCGUUGCGCUGUGCAAACUCGUCAACCUCGCAACUCCUCCGCCGGGCAUCAGGUUCAAGCAGUCUGCCAUGCCCUUUGUUCAAAUGGAAAACAUCUCACAUUUCCUACGCGCCUGUCAGUCCCCGCCGCUGAACCUCCAACAGCACGACACCUUUCUCACCGUCGACCUCUACGAGCAAAAGGAUCCCGCGCAGGUUCUCCAGUGCCUCGGAGCAUUCAGCAGGGCCGCGCACGACGCCAACCCAGGCCGUUUCCCUGAGCCGAUAGGUCCGAAGACCAGGGCAGCCGGAGGAAUCAGCCCGCAGGCAUCGGGAUACGGCUCACCCACUGGCCUUCGCGGCCGUGGUACCUCCAUCACGAGCAAUUCAUCCUCCGCAUAUGGAUCGAGACCGGUGCUUCCUCAUAGAACUGGCGAUACCACUCCCACUGGCCGCCGUAGUCCGACCAAGAGCCCGACGGCGAACCCCGGAUCUCCCGGCCCUGUUAGCAGCUGGAGUAAGCGGGAGCAUGAGGGGUCUACGGCGCCGGCGUGGAACAUUGCCCAAUACGGGUACAUGGGCGGUGCGAGUCAGGGUAAUCUAGGUAUAUCCUUUGGCGGUAUGCGACAAAUCACGAGCGCGAGUCCGCACGUACCUAGUCUGGCCGACAAGGAGCGUAAACGAAAGGAAGAGGCCGAGAGACAAGAGGAGGAGGAACGACAGCGACGCGCCCAGCUGGAAGCCGAGGAGGAGGCAGCUCGACGAGAGGAGGAACGCAGAUGGGAACAAGAAACGCAGAGGCUGCGCGAGGAGGAACGCCGAAAGGCCGCCGAGGAAAAGCGCAGGUGGGAAGAGCAAGAACGUCAAUGGAAGCUGACGGAGGAGAAACGACGUCAGGAGGAGCACGAAGCUGCAGCCAGGCUGGAGGAGGAGCGUAAACGAGCCAGAAGCCGCAGCGACGCCAGACUGCAAGGCCAAUUCCUGAGCCAGUACCAGGCCGAGCAGGCGGAAGCAGAUCGUCGAAACAACCGCAGCCAGCAACUCGAGGAGCAGCUUGAACGGGCUCGCCAACGCGAGGCCGAGUACGAGCGUGAGCGCCAAACACGCAGCACCAGCAGACCCGUCGGCGAAAUCGUCCCCAACAAGGCACGCUCCAGGAGCCGUGGUCACCGCGGUACAUCACCAUCGCCCUCUGCCCCCUCGGCCGUAGGACCGCAACGCUCGCAGAACCGCUACGAAUCAUGGACCAAAGACGACGAGCGCAAGUAUCUCCAGACCCAGUGGACCGAGCACCAGCACGACUCGCGAGAAUCGACCCUCGAGGAUUCAGUGCAAGCUGAAGUCCAACCAACACCUCCCCUCGUCACAUCCCCCCGUCCUCUCCCCGAGCCAAACGUCACACCCAAACCGAAACCCAAACCACAAAUACCUACAUCGCCCAAUCCCCCCAGCAGCAGCCGACCGCUCCCCGACCCCAAAAAGUACACGUCUCCCCCCUCGGCAUCCUCACAAACCAGAACAGAUCGCUUCCUCGCCACCAACACACCCCCCACUCAACCCAAGCCCCAUCAAACAUAUGCGCGUGAACUAGGCGCCACCGAAGAACGAGACGGCGAAGACCGUCGCCGCGUGCAGAGCCAGGCGCAAACAAAAGCCGGCGGAUGGGCGUCAAAGUCCCUCCUCGAGCGGGAGAUGGAGAUGGAGCGCCAGCGCCAGCAGGAGUGGGAGGAGUCGCAGAAGGAGACGGCCAAGGCGGUCCGCUCGGGAGAAGGCGUCGACGGCAUUGGGGGAGGCGUCGGUGGUAGAUGGGACGUAGGUCAAUGGAGUGGCUAUACGGGCGGCGAUUCGCAGAAUAGGGGAGCCCAGGGAAUUGGUUCGGGGAGGAGACAGAUUGUUGGUCCGAGGCCUUUGCCUGGUUCGAAUCGGUGA